CAGGGAGGAGCCAAACAAGGGGGACGAUCAAUUUAACGCGAGCUGGUGGCUGAAAUUUCACCCUGGUAUCGAAAAUAGCGGAAUUCGCCUGCCUGCCUCGGCUUCGACUGACACUGGUUACAUAUCAUCACCUCGUCUACGAAGGGAGGCCAGGUCAGGAUGAACGGUGACUCAGGUGCCGGUGUGGUGACUGCCCACCCUCCUGCCACUGCCCCUCACAAGGAGCGCUACUUCGACCGGGUGGUGGACGAAAGCAGCCCUGAGUACCAGCGCGAGAGGAAUAUGGCGCCCGCCCUGCGCCAGGACUUCAACAUGAUGGAGCAGAAGAAGCGGGUCUCCAUGAUACUGCAGAGCCCGGUGUUCUGCGAUGAGCUAGAGUCCAUGAUCCAAGAUCAGCUGAAGAAGGGCAAGACGCCCACCAGCCUGCUGGCGCUGCAACAGAUUGCUGACUUCAUGACUACCAGCAUGCCCUCCAUGUAUCCCGCCGUGGCCCAGGGGGGUAUGGCAGCGCUCAACAUGAGUUUGGGUAUGGUGACUCCGGUGAACGAUUUGCGCGGCUCGGAUUCCAUCUCGUAUGACAAAGGAGAGAAGCUUCUCAGAUGCAAGCUGGCGGCCUUCUACCGGCUCAGCGACCUGUUUGGCUGGUCGCAACUCAUCUAUAACCAUCUCACAGUAAGGGUGAGGUCAGACCAAGAGCGUUUCCUUAUUGCCCCUUUGGGGCUCCUGUAUAGCGAAGUCACCGCAUCCAGCCUGGUAAAGCUUGACCUCUCGGGUGAGAUUGUGGAUCGGGGAAGCACCAACCUUGGUGUCAACAGGGCCGGCUUCAAUCUGCACGCCAGCAUCUAUGCCACGCGGCCAGAUGUCAAGUGCAUUGUCCAUAUACACACGGCUGCAGGUGCAGCGGUGUCUGCUAUGAAAUGCGGCCUGCUACCCAUUUCCCCUGAGGCUCUUGCCCUCGGCGAGGUGGCCUACCACGACUACCAAGGUAUACUGGUGGAUGAUGAGGAAUGCGGCAUCAUCCAAAAGAACUUGGGCAAAAACGCCAAGGUACUCAUUUUGAGGAACCAUGGCUUGGUGUCUGUGGGCGAAACUGUGGAGGAAGCGUUCUAUUACAUCCACAACCUGGUCAAUGCCUGUGAGAUUCAGGUGCGAACGCUGGCCAGCGCUGGAGGCCCAGAUAACCUGGUGAUGCUUGACCCGGGCAAGUACAAGUCCCGUCCUCGUGUUCCCGAGCCUGCCGGUGACGGGUCCUCUGCCCAGCCCAAGUGGCUUGUCGGGGAGCAAGAGUUUGAGGCGCUCAUGCGAAUGCUCGACAACCUGGGCUAUAGGACCGGCUAUCCUUACCGCUGUCCAGCACUGCGAGACAAAGGUAAAAAGUACAGUGAUGUGGAGAACGCUCACUCUGCCGGUUACUCUUAUGGCGAGGACAGCGAUUCGGGUGCUCGCUCCCCAAUGAAACACAGCUUCCAGCGCGGCCAGCGCGACAAGACCCGCUGGCUCAAUGCUGGCGGUCGGCCCGAUGAGCCCGGCGAGGACGGGCCCGAUGGCGGCAGCCCCAAGUCGAAGCCUAAGGUGUGGACGAACAUAACACAUGAUCACGUCAAACCCUUGCUGCAGUCUCUCUCGUCCGGUGUCUGCGUGCCAAGCUGUAUAACCAACUGCUUGUGGACUAAAGAAGACGGUUUGCGACAGGCCGCCGUGGCCAAUCAGUUCAUCCCAUUGAACACCAAUCCCAAAGAAGUGCAGGAAAUGAGGAAUAAGAUCCGUGAGCAGAAUCUGCAGGACAUUAAGACUGCGGGACCUCAGUCUCAGGUUCUGUGCGCUGGCUCAGUGGUGGAGCGCAACUUUCAGCAGGACGCCCCUCUGUCUGACUGUACAGACACUAUUGACGGCCUCGAUGCCUCCGAGGGGUCCUAUAGUCCUGCUAGAUCUAUUAGAAAGGGGGAGCUGGUGACCGCAUCCAAGGCAAUCAUCGAGAAGGAGUACCAGCCCAAGGUGAUCGUAAGCAAGCAGGGGCCAAACCCGUUCAACAAGCUCACCGACCAAGAGCUGGACGAGUAUCGCCGGGAAGUAGAGCUGAAGCAAAAAGGACCCGAAGGAACAGCAUCCGGGCAGGGCCCCUCGACCCUCGGCCUCACCGAUGCCGUCCAACCGGACUCCCCCCAUAAGGAGUUCCACUGCGCCGUGCUGCGAGCCCUCAGCAAGGAGCCGCUGGAGGCGAAUCAGGCUGAAGAGCAACUAGCGGAACCUGAGGAAGAGGAGGAGGCCAAAGAGCCAAAGGCCACUUGUACGCCGCCCAGCACUCCAGUUAGAGCAGAGGAAGAGACCUUGCCGGAGUCUAUGUUUAAGGACGACAGCGACGCCGCCACCCUGAGACAGACCCUGCCCGACUUAACCCCUGACUCCGACGCACCGGCACUUCCUGUCGAGGACUCCGACGGCAUCCCCGCCGCCUCUGCCGGUGCAGAACUCGUUGAUGACUGCGAGGAACCCGCCGUGGCUGACGCAGAGGGCGACGACUCUCCCAGCAAGUCCCCCUCCAAAAAGAAAAAGAAAUUCCGCACUCCUUCCUUCCUGAAGAAGAACAAAAAGAAGCCAGAGUCCUAAAUACAACCUUCCUCAUGCUUUUAUCACCUUUGUUUUAACACCACUCCUAGCUAUCUUUUUAACCUUUAAUCUUCGUUGAGCACGUGCCAAUUUUGUAUAGUGUAAAAAAAAAAAAAAAAAUUAAAAAUAAAAUUAAAAAAAAGUCAUUAUUUACCGUAUGAUGCACCGUCUUUGUCCACUCUGCUGGCUUUUAAAAAAAAUUUUUUUUUUAAAUGCAUUUCAAAUAAGAAGCACCCAGUGGAAGCAAAGUGAAAUAUUGUAACCAGAAGAAUGUAUUGGGAUUGUAUAACAAUAUGAAGUGUCUUUUAAGAACAAAAUCAAGUGAAUUCAGAAAGAAUUCGUGUCAAUGGUAAAAUCGCAAAAAGUGACUAAUUUAGCGGCCGUGGCUAACGUAUACAAGCUAAUUAACAAUGUGUCAGUUAUGGGCCCAUUUCCAAUGGUUGCUUUGCUAUGAAAGAAUGUGUACAAAGACAAACAUUGAUUAUUUUUUUUUUGGUCAACUUUCUGAAUAUUACGUCUUAUUUUGUCGCACGAUGUAGAAGAUCCAUAGUUAGCUUGCUGUGAGAGAGCACUGUGAAUCCUAUAUUUUUCUUUGUUUUGUUCUUUAACUACACUCAGCAAACUAUUUUAUGUUUUUGCUUUAUAGGUCAUGUAUGUGCUGUUAAAAAAAGAAAAAAAAAGACUCCCGCUUUAAAGAUAUCGUACUGACUCCUGACAGUUUGCUUCCCUGCUCAUUUCCACGCUAGUUAUUAGCAUUGUUAGCAUUUGCUUCAUUAAAAUUCAUUGCUGUAUGUAAUUGAAGCUUUUGAUUAUAAGGACAUAAGUCAGACGUUCCCUCUUUGCCAUAACAGCUAAACUUCUGGGGUACUAAAACCCGUCUGGAUGGAUUUGUUUUUAAGGUUAUGUACCAUACAAAUACCAGUAAAUGUGUUCAUUGGCUUUUUAAUAAAGCUACACUGAAGUAAAA